CCAUUUUCAAAACCCUAAUUUACGCAGAAGAAAUGAGAAAUCAAUGGCGUCUGCUUCUUCUCCGAUGCCACUCUCGAUCUCAACCGCACAUAUCGACACACUUGGCUCAGUACUAUCAGUCUCGCUUCCAGGUACACUCUCUUCGAUCGUUCUCUUCCUCACUCGUCCACUCACGUGCACCUCACGUGUCCCCACCAUCCUUCAUUUCCCCUGUCCAAAACCCUAUAUUCCGCUAUUUCUCUUCAUCUGAACUUGCCGUCGAGCACAAAGACUCAGAUCAGGUACUUCUAUUAACAGAUAUUUUCUUGAAAGAAAGAAUUACUAAUGAUGAGAUUAAGCUUGAAUUAGAGUCCAAUAACAUCGUUAUAAGUCAUGAAGUGGUGCUAAAGGUUUUAGAGAAUCUCAAUGCAGCCCCUGAGGUUGCUAAGAGGUUUUUCGAUUGGGUUUUAGAUAGAGAAAGCGAAAGAUUGAGCUCAAAGUCGUAUAACUUGAUGUUGGGUAUACUGGGUGUGAAUGGGUUUGUGAAGGAGUUUUGGGACAUGUUUGGAAUUAUGAAAAAGAAAGGGUAUGGAGUGUCAAAGGGUACAUUUAUUAGGGUUUCAGAAAAAUUCGAAAAGGAAGGAAUGGGUAGUGAUUUAGAGAAGUUAAAAGAAUUGUUUGCAUCUGGUUCAGUGGAUAAUUCUAUUGAAAAUGUUUGUUCUAGGGUUUGUAAGGUUAUUCGACGAGAAGUUUGGGGGGAUACUGUAGAAAAGCGGUUAAAAGAAUUGAAUGUUGAGUUUUCGAGUGACUUAGUUGCAAUGGUAUUAGAAAAUGUUGGGAGUGAACCAAAUAAGGCAUUGAUAUUCUUUAGAUGGAUUGAGGAAAGUGGCUUGUUUAAGCACAAUAAGCAGAGUUAUAAUGCCAUGGCAUUGGUAUUGGGUAGGGAAGAGAGUGUUGAUAAGUUCUGGAGAGUGGUCAAUGAAAUGAGGGGUGCUGGGUAUGAAAUCAAGAAAGGGGUGUAUGUCAAGGUUUUGGGGCUGUUUCUGAAGAGGAAAAUGAUGAAGGAUGCUGUGGAUUUGUAUGAGUUUGCGAUGAUUGGUGAGAAUAAGCCCUCAGUGCAUGAUUGUACUUAUCUUUUGAGGAAAUUAGUUGUUAGUAAGGAGGUAGAUAUGGAUUUGUUUACUAGAGUCGUGAGGAUUUUUAAGGGGAGUGGGAAUGUGAUGACGAAUUCGACUCUUGAUGCAGUUCUCAAGUCUUUAACCAGUGUUGGAAGAUUCAGGGAAUUCAAUAAGAUAUUGAAAGCUCUUGAGGAAGGUGGCCUCUUACCUAGUGAUCCUUUGCAGGGCAAAAUUGCCUUUCAGCUUAGCAGUCACGGGAAAAAGGAUGAAGCAAGUGAAUUUAUGAAUAACAUAGAAGCGUCUGGGUGUAGCCCAAGUUACAAAACGUGGGCGUCUUUAGUUGAAGGACACUUUAUAGCUGGUGAUCUUGACGAAGCUUCUGAUUGUUUCCAAAAGAUGGUUGAUAAGAAGGGGGCAACUCAUGCUGGGUAUGCUUUAGAAUUGUUGGUUAAUGCAUACUGUUGUAAGAACAGAGCAAUGGUUGCAUGCAAGCUUCUUUCCGAUAUGGUCAAUGAGAAAGAGUUAAAACCUUUGCAUACUACAUAUAAAUUAUUGCUGAGCAAGCUUCUGGUUCAGGGGGGUUUUAAUGAAGCUUUGAAUCUUUUGGGUUUGAUGAAAAGUCAAGGGUAUCCUCCUUUCUUGGAUCCAUUUGUUAAUUACAUUUCUAAAACUGGAACUGCUGAUGAUGCUGCUAUGUUGCUGAAAGCUAUGACGGUGAAGAGGUUCCCAUCUACAUCUGUGUUUCUUCGCGUCUUUGAAGCAUAUUUUAGGGCUGGAAGGCAUAAUGAAGCACAUGAUUUCCUCUCAAAAUGCCCGAGAUACAUCCGUAACCAUGCUGAUGUUUUGAAUCUCUUCUGUUCCAUGAAAUCUUCUACAGUUGCUGCUGCUGCCACUGUUGUGGCUGCUUAGAUUCCCAGAUGGCGUCUUUUAUUGUAUUUUGUGGUGAUAAAGUGUAGGAAAUUUUCUUUAAAAAUAUUCACUCCCCCCUCUUUUUAAGUCUUGAUUAAUUGAGCACAAUCAACUCAUGUUUUAUAAAAAUAAAACCCUAAGUUUUGAAUUUCUAU